GUAAAGGAGAGUUGUUAUGAAUAGAUAGAAAUGACAGGUGGGGGCCCUUCACGAUACAUAUUGGUUUAGCGAUCUGUGUCACCUUGGUAUAGACGCUAAAAGACGAUCAGGACUUUAAGCACACAGAACAUUUUAUACAAAAAUGAACUCAAAAAUAUUGGGUAAUAAACUGGGUUUCAAAUCUGGAGUCUCUAAAACAGACACUGAUAUGGAAAAACUGAUGAAAGAAAACGCAGCUCUAAAAAAGACAAUGGAGGAAAUGUCCAAAUUGAAAGGAAAAAUAUCUGAUACAGAACGAAACCGAUUACUAGAGAAAAUACUAGAAUUGGAAACUCAGAAGGAGAGAAAUGACCAAGAGAACUCCAGUAAAAACGAAGAAAUUGCUAAACUGAAAGAAGCACUAAGGUCUAAAAAUAAUACAAAUGGCUUCAGUGCCGCCCUGGAAGAAAAAGCAAAGGCUGCUGAAAUGAUCGCAGAGGAUUUAAGGAACCAAAUAACUACUUUAACUGCACGAUGCGUAGCACUGGAGUCUGGGGUAACAGUGCAGCAAAAUUCUCAGGAGGAAACUCAGAAGCACCACAAAAAACUUUUACUCAAUGCACAAAAAGAUCUUGAAGUAGAAAAGAUAACAACUGCCCAGUUGAACGAGGACCUUUCUACCUUGAGACAACUAUAUGAACGAGAAAAGAAAGAAGUAAAGUUUCUAUCAAAGUCUCUACAGUCGCUGCAGGAUAGCGACCGGCAGCAGAGAGGAGAUGAGAAGAAACGCUGGCAUGACAAGAUUCAGAGGUUAAAGAGUGAGUUUGAUUCAACUCGGAUACAACUUGAUGAAGAAAAGAAAAAAUCAGCUGAUCUUUCAAACCAGAUUCAGAUGCUGCAGCGAUCUGCACAGAAACAGCAAGAGGAACAAACAAGAAUAGCUGCUCUAGAGCAGCAGAUCCAUAGAUGCACAAGUGAUUUUGAAAAUGAGAAAUCUGACAGGCAAAAAAUUCAGCAUCAGCUGUACAAAGUUUUGAAAGAAUUGCGAAUGGCACGAGAAGAGAUUACAAGGCUGAAGCCAAAGCAACACCUUUCUGAGUUCAGCUACACUGAAUUGUCCAGUAACUUGCAAAGAGCCUUUGAAGACCAACUGUCUAUGAGAGAACAAUUACCGUCGCCAAGACGUUCAAGUCAUCUGGAUGAAAGUUUCUUAGAGUGUCCUAAAUGCAGUGCAGUGUAUCCCACAAGCCAACACAGAGAGUUACUCGCUCACUUGGACUACUGUACCAGCUGAGAGUCAUAGCUACUUACUAGAAAAGCCUAAACUGACAUGCAAUUUGGAUUUUUUUAAACUGUCCUGCACGGAAGCUUUCUUUAUUAAAUAACUUUGUGUAAUAUUUAUUUGUUUUUAUUACCUCUACAUUAUAAAUUAUACAGUGUCUUUCCCCACAUUAUGCACUGUAUUCUUUGACUUUAGCAUCCUUUGUGAUCUAAAGAAAGUGAUUUACUUUGUGCUUGCAGAUACAAUAUUUGUUAAAUUGUAAUUUGUUGCAUAGGUCAAUAAAUAUUCUUUUUGCCCUGUUACUAUUAGAACGUACAUAAAUAUUUUUUAUUUUAUUUAUUGUUUGCAACUGAACUACUGACACGUUAUUUAACAUUAUGUGGGUCAAUUUCUGUUCCAAGUCUAAACAUUAAAACUGGUAGUAACAACAAACAUUUCAAUAGUUUGUUUUGUAGCUGGAUCAGAAUUUCUUGAUGACAACUUUACUGAGCAACCCCAUUUCAUAAGGGUAGAAUUUAAUUUAUAUUUUACACUCCAUCCAUAACUGUAUAUGACUCGUUACUUAAAUUACAUGACUGUUUUUAAGAUCAAUCUUGACUUUUUUAAAAAUUAUUAAAAAUUAAUUAAAAAAAUUAUUAUUUUGCUUAUAAAAGUCUUUGUAAACUGUUCUGCGUCUAUUCAGUUUGCAUCAUUGGCAAACUGAUUUUAAAAUUGUCUUAAAUUUUUCAUUUGCACUUGUUUCCAAAAUAGAUUAUGACUUUUUUUUUUAUUUCUGCUGGGCAUGUAUCUAUUAAUAUAUAUAAUUUUUAUCAGAGUACAUUUUUGGUUUAUAUUAUAAAAUGUAAUAAACAUUUUUUUUCUGCUA